AUGGACGCCAUCAAGUCAGCCCUCCACAUCGGCUCCAAACCCGAACCCCUUUCCCAACCCACCGCCGAACAGGUGGCCGACCUCAAGGCCAAGUACACCGCCGCCGGUCAAGAUCAUGUCUUUACCUUCUACGACUCGCUCUCCCCCGAAGAACAGGCCUCCCUCUACAACCAGCUGCUCGGCUUCGACCCGGCCCGUAUCAACGAGAUCACCGACCGCGCCCUGAACCCGACCAAGGCCAAGCCCCGCGACCUCGACCGUGCCCAGGAUGACAUCGAACCCCUCCCCGAAUCUGCCACCGCCAGCAUCCUCGACUCCAAGCCCGAGGACCUAGAUACCUGGUACAAGGCUGGUCUCGAUCUCAUCGCCCAGAACAAGGCCGGCGUGGUCCUCAUGGCCGGAGGUCAAGGCACCCGCCUCGGCAGCUCCGCCCCCAAGGGCUGCUACGACAUCGGACUGCCCAGCCACAAGUCCCUCUUCCGCAUCCAGGCAGAGCGUAUCCGCAAAAUCCAGGAGCUCGCCGCCGCCCACGCUGCCUCGGAUUCCAAGCCCGUCGUCCCCUGGUACGUCAUGACCUCGGGCCCUACCCGCGGCCCCACGGAGCAAUACUUCGAGGAGAACAACUACUUCGGCCUCGACAAGGCCGACGUCUUCAUCUUCGAACAGGGCGUCCUCCCCUGCAUUUCCAACGACGGAAAGAUCCUUCUCGAGUCCCGCAGCCGCGUCGCCGUGGCCCCGGACGGCAACGGCGGCAUCUACCAGGCUCUCGUCGUCUCCGGCGUCCUGGACGACAUGCGCCGCCGCGGCGUCCAGCACGUCCACGCCUACUGCGUCGACAACUGCCUCGUCCGCGUUGCCGACCCGGUCUUCCUGGGCUUCGCCGCCGCCAAGGACGUCGACAUCGCCACCAAGGUCGUCCGCAAGCGCAACGCCACCGAGUCGGUCGGCCUCAUCCUGCAGCGCAACGGCCGCCCCGACGUCGUCGAGUACUCCGAGAUUGACCAGGCCACCGCCGAGGCCCGCGACCCCAACCACCACGACCUGCUCAAGUUCCGCGCCGCCAACAUCGUCAACCACUACUACUCCCUCCGCUUCCUCGAGUCCAUCCCCCUGUGGGCCCACGAGCUGCCCCACCACGUCGCCCGCAAGAAGAUCCCGGCCGCCGACCUCACAUCCGGCGAGACCGUCAAGCCCGAGAAGCCCAACGGCAUCAAGCUCGAGCAGUUCGUCUUCGACGUCUUCCCCCGCCUGCCCCUCGACAAGUUUGCCUGCCUCGAGGUCCGCCGCGAGGACGAGUUCUCCCCGCUCAAGAACGCCCGCGGCACCGGCGAGGACGACCCGGAUACCAGCAAGCGCGACAUUAUGGCCCAGGGCAAGCGCUGGGCCCAGGCCGCCGGUGCCACCGUCGCUUCUGAGAAGGAGGAUGAUGGUAUCGAGGUGUCUCCUCUGAUCAGCUACGGAGGUGAGGGUCUUGAGAAGCUCAGCGGAACUCAAAUCACGGCUCCUGCUGUUUUGGAACGGGAAUAA